UUGUGGUUUUAAUAACAGACACGCGAGCCCCGCCCCCCCGCGAUGACUGACACGCGGCUCAGCCUAUCAGAGUGGUUGAGUCUCAAGAGGGGGCGUGGUCUACGUGUCUCUUCAGAGGUGGAGACACGAACUUGUGUCCACAGCUUUUGUCCCAAACUUUUCCUUUUUGGACAAAAGUGGAUAAUAGUGGACAGACGGUAGGAGGCUGAGAGGACCGGGACCAGGACCAGAAUCGGGGGCUGACCACACCACACCAACACCCGCAUUUAGAAUCCCUCCAUACCCUGCUGCGUCCCGCAGUCCACGCACCGACCCCUCUCCGCGCGUCAGGCCGCCUCUGGGAGCUCGUGUCCCGGUGUAGGAGGCAGCCGCGCCCCGCUGCUUCGCGCUAGUUUCUCAGCAGAACUCCUCUGCUCUGGACCCGUAUCCGUCCGCGCAUCCACUCCUGAGGGGGGAAAAAAAGUUCCCUUUCGAACUUUUUUGAGCUCCAAUGAGGCGCGCGCAGCCGAGCGAGAGCGAGCCCAGCUGACGCUCAGUGGUCGGGGAUCGAUCAGUGUGAUCUGCUCGGAUUGCUCCAAGGAGCGGAGAGGAGAGACCCGGGUCUGGAUCGGGUCGGACGGGCCGGGAUGGAGGGUCGUCUGUCCCCGGGACGGGCCUCCUCGCCCUGCGGGCUGAGGCUGCUCCUCCUCCCGCUGAUGCUGCUGCUGCUGAGCUGCUGCGGAGCUGAGGAAGAGGUGUUGAUGAACACCAAGUCGGAAACAACGGACCUCCGGUGGACGAACCAUCCUGCGGACAACCCUGAGUGGGAGGAGAUGAGCGGAUUGGAUGAAGAGUUGAACAUGGUACGGACCUAUCAAAUCUGCACGCCCAAAAGUCCGUCCUCCAAUUGGCUAAGGACACGCUGGAUCCCACGGCGGGCGGCGACCACCCUCUAUGUGGAGAUCAGGUUCACCAUGAUGGAAUGUUCUGGCCUGAACCAGCGUAACUGCAAAGAGACCUUCAAUCUUUAUUACUACCAGUCUGACACGGACGAGGCCACGCCCACUCACCCCGCCUGGAUGGAGAACCCUUACACUAAAGUCGCCACGGUCGCAGCCGACCACCUGCUGCGGCCCGGUGGCGAUCGGCGCUCCAACAUCAAACUGGUGCGUCUGGGACCGCUGCGGGGGGCGGGGCUCUACCUAGCCUUCCAAAGCCAGGGAACCUGCAUGGCGCUGUUGUCCGUGCGUGUUUUCUACAGGAAGUGCUCGUCCCUUCGCCGUGCCUUCGCCUCCUUCCCAGAAACCAUCCCCCACUCUCUGGUUGAACAGGCUCAGGGUGUGUGUGUGGAGAACGCCGUGACGCCGCCUGGAGAGCACUCACAGCCUCCCAGCAUGCUUUGCGGCGAGGACGGGCAGUGGGUGGGGCAGGCGACGUCCAGCUGCGCCUGUCGCCCCGGGUACGAGGCGGUGGAGUCCGACGUGCGAUGUCGAGCCUGUCCUUCAGAUCAUUUUAAGGCGGGACCAGGACCCAGUGGGUGUCGGCCUUGUCCAACGUACAGCAGUACAAAGAUUCCAGGCUCUGCCUACUGCCCCUGUUACUCUGGUUACUACCGAGCUGACUCCGACCCGCCACACGCCGCCUGCACCCGACCGCCCUCAGCUCCCCGCUCCAUCGUGAGUCAGGUCAAUGACACCACAGUGACUCUGGAGUGGAGCGAGCCACUGGACCGAGGAGGAAGAGGAGACUUGACCUACAGAGUCCUGUGCUCCAGCUGUGGGACUGCUAGCAAGGGAUUGGCCGGUUCUUGUUCGCCAUGUGAUGACAGCGUCUUAUACCGUCCGGCACAGCGCAGUCUGACCCAGCGUCGAGUCGUCGUCUGGGGACUCCACCAAUACACGCAGUACACUUUCACUAUCCAAUCCCUGAACGGCGUCUCUGCUCUCAGCCAAUCAGAGCCGGCCUCAGACAAAGUCAACGUCACCACCAACAGAGAUGUUCCCGCCCCGUUGUCCGGUCUGAAGAGGACGGUGUCGUCCGAGACGAGUCUAACUUUGGAGUGGGACGCUCCGGUUCUGAAAAACCAGUACCACAUCCUGGACUACCAAGUUCGCUACAGCCCCAAGGACGGCGAGGAGGCGGGUCAGUGGCAGUACGUGUCCAGCAGGUCUUCUUCAGUGGUGCUGACGGGGCUGCAGCGGGCGACGCAGUACCGGGUGCAAGUCCGCGCUCGCUCGCAGGCCGGGUACGGAUCGUUCAGCGGUGUGAACAGCUUCAGCACGCAGCCUGACGGUGCGAGGAACUCUCAGAUGGUGGUGAUGGCUGUUCUGGUCUCCAUGGGGAUACUGCUGCUCAUCGCCGUGGCGAUCGUCGCUGUGUACUGUUACCGGAGGAGGACACGCUCAGACAUCAGUGAUAAAAGUGGACACUUCCCAAUGGGACAGACGAUGAAGGUGUACAUCGACCCGUUCACCUAUGAGGACCCCAACGAGGCCGUGAGGGAGUUCGCCAAAGAGAUCGAGGCGUCCUUCGUGAAGAUAGAAGAAGUGAUCGGCGCAGGGGAGUUUGGUGAGGUGUGUCGCGGUCGUCUGAGGAUCCCAGGCAGGAAGGAGAACUACGUAGCAAUCAAGACACUGAAGGGUGGCUACACUGAGAAGCAGAGGCGGGACUUCCUGUCUGAGGCGUCUAUAAUGGGUCAGUUCCAGCACCCCAACAUCAUCCACCUGGAAGGCGUCAUUACCACUUCCUGUCCCGUCAUGAUCCUCACAGAGUUCAUGGAGAAUGGAGCCCUCGACAGCUUCUUGAGGAUGAAUGAUGGACAGUUCACGGCCAUCCAGUUGGUGGGGAUGUUGCGCGGGAUUGCAGCAGGGAUGAAGUAUCUGUCGGAUAUGAGCUUCGUCCACAGAGACCUGGCAGCUCGUAACAUCCUGGUCAACUCCAACCUGGUCUGUAAGGUGUCAGAUUUUGGGCUCAGCCGCUUUCUGACGGAAAACUCGUCUGACCCGACGUACACCAGCUCCCUGGGAGGAAAAAUUCCUAUUCGAUGGACAGCUCCUGAAGCCAUUGCCUACAGGAAGUUCACGUCAGCCAGUGACGCGUGGAGUUAUGGCAUCGUUAUGUGGGAAGUGAUGUCGUACGGAGAGCGACCAUACUGGGAUAUGAGCAACCAGGACGUGAUCAACGCCAUCGAGCAGGACUACCGGCUGCCCCCGCCACCAGAGUGCCCCACCUCCCUGCACGCGCUCAUGCUGGACUGCUGGCAAAAAGAACGAGCCAACAGACCGAGGUUCUGCGAUGUGGUUGCGUCACUUGACAGGCUCAUUCGUAACCCCGCCUCCUUGAAGGUGACGCACCCGGAGGGCCCGAGUUCGUCCCAGCCUCUGUUGGACCAGCGUGUCCCUCCUCCUCUCUCCGCCUGUGGUUCUGUUUCUGAGUGGCUUCGGGCCAUAAAAAUGGAACGAUACGAGCUGAGCUUCCUGCAGGCUGGUUUCACAAGCCUGGACAUCGUCUCACAGCUCAACACUGAAGACCUGCUCAGAGUGGGCGUGACCCUCGCCGGCCACCAGAAGAAAAUCCUUUCCUCCAUUCAAACACUCAGGAUACACAAGACUCCACCCACCAUUCUCUACUGACCAACCACAGCCCUGCCCUGACAAACUGUCCAACAACAAAACACUCAGGAUGCUGAGCCAGCCCAUUCUUAUUUUUUUCAAUCAGAAAGCCUCAGGACCAGUAAGACUAUGCCUCCUGAUGGUUGGACCAAUGAAAUGCCCUGAGCUGUUUGAAGAAGCACAAAGAACACUAAGAGAAUUAAUGCAGCUCUGUUUGCAUCAUUGUUUGGCUCAAGGACUCCACCUACCCUCUUAUUCUGGCCAAUCAGAACCAAGGACAGAUUUGACUGACUCUUUAAAUGAGCGAGAACAUGGCUGGUCAGCACUCAGGAUGUAUGUAGCCCUGCCCGCCUUGCCAAACCACUACGGCCAUUCCACUGCUCAGGAAACACAAGGCUCCUCAUACUUGGUCAUUUUAUAAUCUGGCCUCCUGCUAACAGUUGCCUGGCCAAUCGACAUCCAACACAGCCAUGACAUAGGAAGUCAUUUCCUAAUGCCGAUUCUAUAAAGCCUUCUUGUACGUAACUAAGCCCUUCCCACUGCAUUAAGGGACAGCUGGGAUUGGUUCCUGGCCCUGUCCAUCACACAGUCACAGCAGGAUUGAGUUAAAACGGAGAGAAUCUUCUCAUGGAGGAGCCGAAGCUGCUGAGGAUGGAGACAAGCUACUUAGAGGGGAAGAGAUUUUUGUACGAGUUCUUAUUUCCGAGGAAUAUUCGGGGAUUUUACACACACACACAUAUAUAUAUGAACAUUUUGAGGAAAUGUAAACGUAAAAACAUUUUCAGAGAAUGGAACCCCUGUGCACAAAUCAUUUUGAUUCCGAGUAAUUCCAAAGUGGCUGGUUGGUAGUCUCCAUCAUGACGGAAAUAUCUACCCGAGGAACAUAAGGACAACCUGAGGGAACUUGUGUGGAGACAUGUCAAUAUGUUCAAGAAACAUCCGCGUAUCGCACUCUUCGUGAUCAGGGAGGAAUUAGCUGGGAUUGCCACAGGAAUCACCAGUGAAACUUUUAAGGGAAUCUUUGUGAAUCUUUGAGAACAUUGCCCAAACUGAAUGGGAUUUCUUUUAAAAAAAGAUAUUCUGUAUCCAAAUUACUGUGAUUCUUCAGGUGCUGAAAUCCACCCAGAAUGCUGGGAGGCUUUCAGGAAGAAUAUUUACGUCUCACUAUAGGACCAGCAUGGUCUUAAGUCCACUUAUCGUGAAGUUGUAAGUAAUCAAGUGUACUCUCUUGAGCCUGGAUUUCCACACUGAGGGAUCUAAAACCAUUUUUUUCAAAACUUUAAAGUGACAUUUAACCAAAAAUGUUCAUAUCAAACACAGUGAAGUGAAAUACAGGAGCUUAAUGUGAUCAGUGACAUGUUGAGAACAGAGUCAUUGGCCGAUAGGAAGCAGUUGACCGAUCCCAGAGUGUGGGAGCAGACUCAGGUUUGAUGACCACACCACAAAUACUGGAACUGUUAGAUUGUUUGUUGAUGGUUUUGUAUUGUAGCACUUUUUUUUACCUGACAUUUGAACACGAUCAUGUUUUUAAACAGCAGCAGAUCAUUGUUUUUAUAUUAAACAUACAUUUCAGGAAAAAAGAAAAAGAAAAUCUGUCUUUUUCAUUUUGUACCACAAGGAGGGGGUAAAAAAAAAACUCAGGAGCAAAGGUCACAUCUGAAAUCAUACCCUCAUUUGUUCUUUCCACAAAAACAAGAGAAUCCGUCUCAUUCACGGCAGGAAUGUCCAACAGUGUGUCAUUAAAGAUCACUAGAAGAGUUUAGAAGUUAGAAAUAGUUGUACUUUAUCUGCUCAGGCUCUUCUGUCCUGCAGCCAAACGCUCAUUCAGACUUGGCAAAGGCUCGUUUUCUCUUAGACAAAGCAAACAAAAGCUUAAAACGGCGGCUCUUUAAUCACAACAUGUCUGAUAAAAGCCGUGUUUCCAUUAAUACUGACGUUUUAGUCAGAUGACCUUUAGUCCAGUCGAGAUUUGUCUUGUCUGAAGUUGUAGUACUGAUGAGUUGGUCCUCAAUGUGCCGCACGCUGUCUGACAGUCUUAAAGGUAAGCUAAGUUAGCUUCCAAUUAUUGAAAUCUAAGACUGACAAAGUUUCCCACUGGUUACAGUGUUUUUGCUAAGCUAAGUGUUUCCUACAGGUUUCAGUCUGUAUGGUAAACUAAGAGGCUGUCCCCAUGAAAACAAGUCUAGGUGAAUCUUAUUUUUUUUGUCAUAUCUGUGUUUUGUUUUACACGAAAACUGCAUUUUUCAAACUUUUUCUAAACAACAAAGAAAAAAAUGUCCGUUACGUUCCAUUUCUGUGUAAAUAUGGCCUAAGUUGAGCUAACUUUUCCCAUCAGUUCCUGUCUUUCGCUGUGUUCCAUUUACACUGGAACCUCGGAGCUCGGGGUUAUGUCAACUCUGAGUUUUUCCAGCUGGGAAAAAAUUUGAUGCAACAAAUCUUGGACUAACCAUUGUUAGCUAAUCCCCCCCAAAAAACCCAAGGCUGAACAUGGUAUUUUACUGAGACAAACAACAUAGCAACAUGUGUACGGAUAAAUACUGAACAGUACUACACGUGUGACUGACUUAAUGUAAAAAACAGUAAAUAAGAGAAAAGUGUUUUUAUUACUAAUGUGACUGGCAACUUAGAAUCCUAUGUCAGGGUUUCUGACUUUCCAAGUUAGACUGGAACGCACCAUUUAAACUUAGCCAUUGCUUAAGCUAGCGGUCUCCUGCUGGAUCCAGUCUUUAAGCUAAGCUAACUGUUUCUCACUAGAGUCUGUAAGCUAAGCUACGUUAGCCGUUUUCCAAGAAACAACUGACCCACUCAAGGCAGCAGGGAAAUCCAGCUGCCUCGUAAAGUUAAUAAAAACCCGUUGAGCUUCAUUAAUGCUGACUGAAGUCUUUGGG